ACAACAUGGAGGUGCAAACGCCCCCCAACAACAACAAUCGCUGGGAUCAGGCUGAGCAUGUGUGGGACGAGCCUGCGGCCUCUGGAAAACUGUUUGAGUGCUCCGGAUUAAAGCUUUGGCUGAUGAGCGUGAUGCUGUUCAGAAGAAAACCUUCACCAAGUGGAUGAAUUCUCACCUCUCGAAAGUUCCAUGUCGUGUUAAUGACCUGUACAGUGAUCUCCGUGAUGGUUAUAUCAUCACCAAACUUCUGGAGGUGCUGUCUGGAGAGCAACUGCCUAAACCUACCCGGGGCCGGAUGAGAAUUCACUCUCUGGAGAAUGUGGACAAAGCUCUCCAGUUUCUCAAGGAGCAGCGGGUCCAUCUAGAGAACGUGGGCUCACAUGAUAUCGUAGACGGCAAUCACCGGCUUACCCUGGGCCUUAUCUGGACUAUUAUCCUCCGUUUCCAGAUCCAAGUUAUCAAGAUAGAAACAGAAGACAAUCGUGAGACAAGGUCAGCAAAGGACGCCCUCCUUCUGUGGUGCCAGAUGAAGACUGCAGGCUAUCCUGAGGUCAAUAUACAGAACUUUACCACAAGCUGGAGAGAUGGGCUGGCCUUCAGUGCUCUGAUCCACAGACACAGACCGGAUAUAAUUGAUUUCAGCAGGCUGACAAAAUCAAAUGCAACCUACAACCUCCAAUAUGCAUUUAAUACAGCUGAGCAGCAACUGAGUCUGAUCAAACUUUUAGACCCGGAAGAUGUUAACACAGAGAAUCCAGAUGAGAAAUCCAUCAUAACCUACGUUGUGUCCUUUUAUCACUACUUCUCCAAGAUGAAGGCCUUAGCUGUUGAGGGCAAACGUAUCGGAAAGGUGCUGGACCAGGCUAUUGCCACUGAGAAGGAC